GCAUGCUCCGUGGCGGCGCAGGUUUUGGUCACAAAUAGGAAGAAGUCUGCACGACACCGGCAAAGAGGAGCGAGAGUCGCCGUCGCCGAGCCUCGGGUGUGGAGUCCACCACCGCCUCGGCUCGGUAGCGGAGCAGGAGCCGGAGCGGGCGAAGGGCCAGACCGCGGGGCCGGGAGCCGCCCAACCUGACCUCCCAUCUUCAGCCUCUGCUGGUGUGGACCGCCGGACCUCUAGGUCCGUCACCUGGGCGGCAAGAACCCCAGCACAGAGGAGCCGAAGCGGACGGGACCCUUUCUCCCCUGGUUGCGGCCCGAGGGCUCCCCCAGGGGCGGAGCAGCGGCCGCCGCCGCCUUCUACGGACUGCUGAAGGUACGGCUUGCGUCCCGCGUUCCUCUCCCGGAACGAGCGGCAGCGGUCAGCCCCGAGGAGAAGAGAAGGGGGUAGCCAUGGGGCUGCUGUCCCAGGGCUCGCCGCUGAGCUGGGAAGAGACCCAACGCCACGCGAACCACGUGCGGCGGCACGGGAUCCUCCAGUUCCUGCACAUCUACCACGCCGUCAAGGACCGACACAAGGACGUGCUCAAGUGGGGUGACGAGGUGGAGUACAUGUUGGUAUCUUUUGAUCAUGAAAAUAAAAAAGUUCGAUUGUUCCUAUCUGGAGAGGAAGUUCUUGAAACUCUGCAAGAAAAGGGGGAGAGGAUAAACCCAAACCAUCCUACCCUUUGGAGACCAGAGUACGGGAGUUACAUGAUCGAGGGGACCCCUGGACAGCCGUAUGGAGGAACGAUGUCCGAGUUCAACACAGUUGAGGACAACAUGAGAAAACGUCGGAAGGAGGCUACUUCUGUAUUAGAAGAGAAUCAGGCUCUUUGCACUAUAACUUCAUUUCCCAGAUUAGGCUGUCCUGGGUUCACCCUGCCGGAGUACAAACCCAACCCAGUGGAAGGAGGAGCUUCCAAGUCCCUCUUCUUUCCAGAUGAAGCAAUAAACAAGCACCCCCGUUUCAGUACUCUGACAAGAAAUAUCCGACAUAGGAGAGGAGAGAAGGUUGUCAUCAAUGUCCCAAUAUUUAAGGACAAGAAUACACCAUCUCCAUUUAUAGAAACAUUUCCUGAAGAUGAUGAGGCAGCAAAGGCUUCUAAGCCCGAUCAUAUUUACAUGGAUGCCAUGGGAUUUGGGAUGGGCAAUUGCUGUCUUCAGGUGACCUUCCAAGCCUGCAGCAUAUCUGAGGCCAGGUACCUUUAUGAUCAGUUGGCCACUAUCUGUCCAAUUGUCAUGGCUUUGAGUGCUGCAUCUCCUUUUUACCGAGGCUAUGUGUCAGACAUUGAUUGUCGCUGGGGAGUGAUUUCUGCAUCUGUAGAUGAUAGAACUCGGGAGGAGAGAGGCCUGGAGCCACUGAAGAACAAUAGCUAUAGGAUCAGUAAAUCCCGAUAUGAUUCAAUAGAUAGUUACUUAUCUGAGUGUGGUGAGAAAUACAAUGACAUUGAUUUGACGAUAGAUAAAGAAAUCUACGAACAACUGUUGCAAGAAGGUAUUGAUCAUCUCUUGGCCCAGCAUGUUGCUCAUCUCUUUAUUAGAGAUCCACUGACUCUGUUUGAAGAAAAAAUUCACUUGGAUGAUGCCAAUGAGUCUGACCAUUUCGAGAAUAUUCAGUCCACAAAUUGGCAGACAAUGAGAUUUAAGCCCCCUCCUCCAAACUCAGAUAUUGGAUGGAGAGUAGAAUUCCGACCCAUGGAGGUUCAGUUAACAGACUUUGAGAAUUCUGCAUAUGUAGUGUUUGUGGUGCUGCUUACCAGAGUGAUCCUUUCAUACAAAUUAGAUUUUCUCAUUCCACUGUCAAAGGUUGAUGAAAAUAUGAAAGCAGCACAGAAACGAGAUGCCGUCUUGCAGGGAAUGUUUUAUUUCAAGAAAGAUAUUUGCAAAGGUGGCAACGCUGUGGUGGAUGGGUGUGGCAAGGCCGUGAACAGCACCGAGCUUGCCCCAGAGGAGUACACCUUAAUGAGCAUAGACACCAUCAUUAACGGGAAGGAAGGUGUGUUUCCUGGACUGAUCCCAAUUCUGAACUCUUACCUUGAAAACAUGGAAGUGGAUGUGGACACCAGAUGUAGUAUUCUGAACUACCUAAAGUUAAUCAAGAAGCGAGCAUCUGGAGAACUAAUGACAGUUGCCAGAUGGAUGAGAGAGUUUAUCGCAAACCAUCCUGACUACAAACAAGACAGUGUAAUAACUGAUGAAAUGAACUACAGCCUUAUUUUGAAGUGUAACCAAAUUGCAAAUGAAUUAUGUGAAUGCCCAGAGUUAUUAGGAUCAGCACUUAGGAAAGUAAAAUAUAGUGGAAGUAAAACUGACUCUUCUAACUAGACAUUCUGCAGGAAGGAAAAUAAGUCACUGUUCUAUUGAAGAACUAACUGCAGGACUUUGACUUUCAGCCCAUGUGUGUGGUGUGAAGACCAAAUAAUAGAACUGCACUAUUUCCUGGGCCAGUGGCCAGAAAUUGAUUUAGAGGCUUCCUUCCUUAGGUAAAUCUAGAGUUUAUACAGUAUACAUGUACAUAGUAAAGUAUUUUUUAUGAUUAACAAUGUAUUUUGCUAACAUUGUAUCUAAUGUCAUUGUGAACUGGCUUGUACAUUUUUAAAUUCUUACUCUGGAGGAACUACUGUCUAAGCAGUUUUAUAAAUGAAAUGUACUAGUAAUUGUACUGUACCUGCAAUCCAGAGUUUAAAAUGUUUACUGUAAAUUUUUGUUCUUCUAAAGAUUCUACUUGGGACCUGAUUCGCUGAACUUUGCCACUUCACUUUAAAAAGUUUCUCUUGUUAAUUUUCUUUGAGUCCUCUCUGUUGUAUACAUAAAAUCACUUGAAUCUAUUGAAGUGCUUGGAGGGUAAUCUUGAAUUUCUAGCACCUUAUCUAUGAUGUUUCUUUUGCAAUGGGAAUAGCUAACCAUUUGUUAACCCUGCCCCCAAGCUUUCACAACUAAAUAAAACCCAUGGCUUUUUAAAAAACUACUUUCCUUUCCUCCUCCUUUUUUUUUUUUUUUUUUUUUUUUUUUUGGUUGUUUUGUUUGAAUUUGCUGAUUCAGGCAUUAAGUUUAAAGAUAACUGUAGGAAGAAAGGAUACUAUUACCUGUGUGUGUACACAUGUAGUGAUGUAGUGAUUUGGGGGGAGUGUUGUUUUUUUCUCCCCCCUCCUAAAGUGGGGAAAUCAUUUUUCUUCUGUAUAUACCAAGUGUACUAUCAAAAAUGGCAUCAGCUUUUCUUUUGUGGUCUCCUGCAUAUUCUGAUUGCUGCCGCUGUGUACUUAAAUUUGCCAAUCAAAUGCAGUUGCUAAAGUUUUGUUUUACUUUUCCUCUAGUUUCCAGUAAACAUAUUGACAAACUGUCUUCUAAAAGGCCAUUUACUCCAGAUUUUAGCUGGGGAAUAAUCAACAUACUGGUUAUCUUUCCUGUAAAACUCAUAAAUAAAUCAUGAAAUACAUGAAGGUUUGUGAAUCAGGACCCUAAAUAUUUAAUUGUAAAUAAUUUAAGUUUCAAAUAAUUGUCAUAACUUUGUGUUGAAGUUUUUUUUUUUCAGUAGUUAAAACUCUAAACUCUUUGAAAAAACUAUAUAUUGUAGAUUAUGCAGACCUUUAUAGGCAUAAAUAUUUAAACUGUCAUGCUAAUUUUAAGAGAUUGCAAUAAAGCUGUUUCAGGUAAACCUGUUUAUGUUUAAAUACUAGGGUUUGUACUAUAUUUCAUAGGUGCAUUUUGGAGGAUUAAAGAAUGCCUGUUUUUCUCUGCAAUUUGCUAUGUAAAUCAAGUUUUAAAAAGGCAGAUGAACUAACAUGUUUGUGGUAUGAGGAAAUAAAAGAAUGGAAUUAGCAA